AUGAGUUCAACGAUUAAUGGAGCUUUUAAGCAUGUUCUUAUUACGCUUGAGAUCGAGAAGCCUUCAAAGAAAGUCCAAGACGAAGAGAGCACAGGCAGUGCUGCUACGCCAGGUGCGACCGGCUUUGCAGAAGCUUAUAAGAAACAGCUGGACGAUUUCUACGAGUCCAAGCAGAGAUCUCUCCGAGAGUGGUGUCAUGCUCAUUCCAUCGAGCUGCCCGAGGAUUUUUUCGAAUCUUCAUUCCUUCGUCCCGAGAGCAUACACAUUGAAUCAGAGCAUGUUCGAGAGACCACGCAAAGGCAGCUCUUCUUUGCACUGUAUGUCGAAUACCUGCUUUGGCGGGCGGGACUGGCUGCGCUCGAACUCGUGCUCUACGUGGACAAGCGCAAACAACAAGGGGCGAUGUCUAAAACGAUGUUGAUCUUUCCUGGAGCCAAGACGCUGAGAAAAUGGGCUGUUGCCAUGGUCGGUCGCGAAGACACAUCCGACGAGGACCGCCUCACGUCUGAUCUCGACAGCGCAGGGACCAACAAUCUCUACCUUGGCGAAUCGUAUUCUAGGCGUAAAGAUCCCGAGCACCUACCUCCGCGAAAUAGGUGGGAGAGAAUCGGUGAUUUCAUACGUCUACUUCCACAGGCUUUAAGGAGCGACGCUUCGGCAUUCGGCUUCAGAGUGGUGUGUGCAACGAUGAGCAUUGGCAUCAUAUGUUAUCUUGAAGUAAGCCAGACAUUCUGUUUGGAGAAUCGCCUGUUGUGGGCUAUGAUCAUGGUCCCGCUGUCGAUGACACGCACAGCUAGUCAAAGCACUUGGAGCUUUGCUCUGCGGAUCCUUGGAACAGCCAUAGCUAUGACGGCGUCGUACGCUAUCUGGUAUGUCGUGGACGGUAUGACACCCGGGGUGAUCGUCUUCCUCUGGCUUUGGAUAUUCCUGGCCUUCUAUGUCGUCCUGAAGUUCCCAAAGUUCGUCAUCGUUGGCAUCCUCUCCAUUGUGACCUCAAUCCUUAUCAUCGGGUACGAAUUGCAGGUGCGAGAGAUCGGUAUUGCGGCAUCGACUUCGAAUGGUCAACCGGCUUAUCCAAUCUACUUGCUUGCACCGUAUCGUCUGGCCACUGUCUGCGCUGGCCUCUUUAUCGCAUAUUUCUGGACCAUCUUUCCCUAUCCAGUAUCUGAAAGCACUGAGCUGCGAAAAGACAUGGGAGCAGCGCUGUACCUCAUGGCCAACAUGUAUUCUGUUGUCCAUGAAACGGUCAAAUCACGAAUCCAAAAGACCGACGGUGAUCAGAAUUUCAAGGGAAGUAGAGCGUACCAUUUAGAAAAGGCCAGGCAGCAGGUCUUCACUAAGCUGAUCGGUCUCCUUACGGCGCUACAGCAGAAUUCCGCCUUCUCGAAGGUUCAAAUACGAAUUGGCGGAAAAUUCCCUCAUGAAGAAUACGACGACCUCAUCAAGUGCCUGCGAAGGGUGUUGCAGUAUACUGCUAUGAUAGCCUACGCCUCCAACACCUUCUCCACAAGCUCUGCAGAGUCACAGUGGUCGCAGGACUUUCGGAAGCUGUUGUCUUCGAUCAAUGCGACUUCUCAUGGCCUUACACACUUACUCGCCCUGCUCUCGAGCAGUAUGAUACACGCUAGACCUCUUCCACCGUACCUGGAGGUACCGCAACAUGGGAAGUACAUCAAGACCCUGGAAGCAAUAGAUGUAGACAUACUGAGCGUCAGGCACAUUGUUGAGCCAGAGUAUUCUGCUUUCGCGGUGACAAGCAUCUGCGCGCAGUGUAUCAACGACGAUAUCGUUAAGAUCACCAAACACGUGAAGACGCUGGUGGGCGAGAUCGACUUCUCCUUCCAUGUAAUCAGUACCACCGAAGAGAAUUCCGAUGAGUCGUCGCUGAGCUCGAGCGAAGAGAAGAAGGCGAAGGAAAUCUGA